AUGGAAAUGCUGCAGACGUCCCGGGGAAUCUCCUGGCAGAAUACUGCUUUCACAAAGAAGAGUGGCAAACAUAAAUCUAGCCACAAUGAAACUGAGGAGCCACUCAAUGAAAAGAGCAAAACAUCUAGCUCAAGGGAGGAGUCCAGCCGCUCCAUUUACAAGACUGAUGUCCCCUUACCCAGCACAUACAACAGUCAUAGGCUAGAGGACUUUGGAUCAAAAUAUGAAGAGCUGGAUCUGCUGGGUGGAGGAGGUUACCGGACUGUCUACUUUGGAAAACACAAAGAAGACAAUAUCCGAGUUGUUAUAAAACAUGUUUUUCAGAAUCGUGUCGACCGCCUACCAAUGCUUCUUAAUGGUAAAAUGACCAAAGUUCCCGUGGAAGUGGCAUUGCUGAUGAAAGUUGGGGCAGGACCACAGAAUACAAGCAGCAAUGUUACCCCAGUACUACUGGAGUGGUUAGACUCAGUAAACGAACUUAUUAUGGUCUUUGAAAGACAGAAAAAAAACAUCAAGUUGGAUGUGUAUCUGCAAUGCAGAAACAGGUUUCUGCAUGAGAGUGAGGUUAAGAAUAUAAUGAGAAAGCUGGUAGAUGCAGCUAUUGAGAUGCAUUCCAGGGGUGUAUUUCAUCGGGACAUUAAGGCAAACAACAUUGUGAUUGAAGUAUCAGCUGAUCUUUCAACGUAUCGACAAGUGAAAUACAUUGAUUUUGGCUGUGGAGCCACUUUUACUCCAGAAGCAGUCACUCGAAGAAGUGAGAUAACUCUGGACUUGUAUGAAUCCAACGCGAAUACAGCAGACUGCAUCACAGUUUUGCAGCUAGGCACUGUGAUGGAUAAGCUGUUGCACUACAUACUCCCAGACACCUCCACCAAAUCGAAAUCUAGGACACGUAGCGACAUUUCAGACGACUGCAAGGAUUUUCUGUCAGGUUCUCUGAACCAGAUCCAUAAAGACCGCCUAACCCUGGAGGAACUUAAAAAUCAUCCUUGGCCCAACUGA